AUGGACCACCAACUCCCCCUCUCUCCCCCCUCAGAACCCACCCCAGCACCAGCCGCCCCCUCCACCAAAGACCUCCCAGUCCCGCUCGACUCCCCAAUCCGCACAACACCCAUCCACAGCACUCUCCCGGACCUGCGCGUUCCCAACGACCCCCUCCCACCACACAAAUACCACCCAGUGACAUGCGUCCCUAUCGACUCUUCCACCCCCGAAAUAAGCACCCACCUCGAACAGCUUCGCGAAGAGUACCCGUCCCCCGAAGCCGCGCUCAAAGCGCAGGAAGACGUCGCGAAAGAAGUCAAGCAGAAGAUGGAAGACGCGGAGAAGAAGCGCGAGGAGGUCCAGCGCGCGAUGGAUAAGAAGGUUAAGGAGAGGAAUACUGAAAUGAAGGUUUUGUCCAAGUUCCAGGAGGUGAAGGCGUCGGAUAUUAUUCCGUCUUGA